AUGUCUGCUAGAAACUUAACUACUAUUACUCCAGUUGCCACUAAAAACGCUCCACCAGCUGCUGCUUCAUAUUCUCAAGCCAUUAAAGCAAACAGUCAAGUUCCAUUAAAACCAGAUGGAUCAAAAGUUGAAGGUACAAUUGCUGAUAGAGCUGAACAAGUUAUUUCAAAUAUUAAAUCAAUUUUAGAAGAAGCUGGUAGUGGUUUAGAUAGAACUGUUAAAAUUAAUGUUUUCUUAACUGAUAUUAAUGACUUUGCUGAAUUUAAUAAAGUUUAUGCUAAACAUUUUAAUACUCAUAAACCUGCAAGAUCUUGUGUUGCUGUUAAAUCUUUACCUUUAGGUGUUGAUGUAUGUAUAUUGAAUUAUAAUGGAUUGGGAAUUCAUUUACUAACUAAUUUUAGGUUGAAAUUGAAGCUAUUGCUGUUGAAAAUUAAAUAUAAUUUUUAUAAAAUUAUCAUGAGUUUUGUGUUGAAUUUGUUUGAAUACAACACCCGUUCUAACAAAAUCAAAGUUGUUAAAACUCCAGGUGGUGUUUUACGUGCUCAACACGUUAAAAAAUCUGGUACUAGACCAAAAUGUGGUGACUGUGGUACUGCUUUACCAGGUAUUUCAGCUUUACGUCCAAGAGAAUACGCUCAAGUUUCAAAAACUCACAAAACUGUUUCAAGAGCUUACGGUGGGUCAAGAUGUGCUAACUGUGUUAAAGAAAGAGUUGUUAGAGCUUUCUUAAUUGAAGAACAAAAAAUUGUUAAACGUGUCUUAAAAGAACAAUCUGAAAAAGAACAAAAAGCUGAAAAAAAAGCUCAAAAAUCAAAAAAAUAA